UCAUAUUCGUCAGAGACACAUUCACCACAGCUUUUUUGAAGAACCUGAUUGUGGUUCUGGUCUGGCUCGUCCUCAGUUACAUAAACGGCAGCUUGGUGGCCACCUUUUUUAGACACCAGAUAUUUUAUGAAGACGCUCGUUACAUCCUCUUCAUCCACAUGGUGAUCAAUGACGCCAUCCAGCUGACCGUCACAAUCACACUUUUUGUCCUCAGCUACAUCUUCUACAGGAUUAACGUCUCUUUCUGCUGCUUCUUCAUCUUGGUUGCUGUCUUCACCACCAGGAACACCCCAGUCAACUUGGCGAGCAUGGCCAUAGAGCGCUACAUUGCCAUCUGUGAGCCUUUACGCCACACGCAAAUCUGCACAGUGAGGAGGACUUAUAUCGUCAUCGGGCUGAUUUGGUUUAUCAGUGUGGCUCCAGAUAUAACUGAUCUGUUUGUGACGCUGGCGACUGAGUCCCUGAGCUUCUUUCAUGAGUCUGUCUUCUGCUUGAGGGAGAAUGUGUUCAAAGACCCGAUCCUGGCGACCAAAAGACAAGCCUUUGACAUCAUCUACUUCUCCUGUGUGUUUCUGAUUCUGGUCUUCACCUACUUGAGGAUCCUGUUUGCGGCCCGGGCCCUCUCCACAGAGAAGAUGUCCGCCCAAAGAGCCAGGAACACCAUCCUGCUCCACGGGGCCCAGCUGGCCAUGUGCAUGCUCUCCUACAUCUCCCCAAGUGUGGAGAUCGUUCUGCGUCUCAUCUUCCCCGGGCGAAUCCUUGAAAUACGAUAUGCAAACUACCUGAUCGUCUACAUCCUGCCGAGGUUCCUGAGCCCGAUUAUCUACGGCGUCAGAGACAAAAAGUUCAGGACGUACCUCAAGAUGCACCUUCUGAACAACAGGUGCAGGGUCAAACUAAAGACAGUCCCCCUCGACAAAGAUGACAUAUUACCGGUUACACAGUGAAUAGAUUUCACU